AUGGAUGUUUGUCAGGUGAUCUUGUCAGGCAUUCCCGGGCAGUCCAAGGCGUCCGUCAACAUGUCGUCCCUCUUCCUCGCCUACAUCCUAUCCAGAAACCACUUUGUUGCCGACUUCUCUUUCCAUGGUUUUCUCCUCGUUGCCAACAGCUUCAUCACCAAUUUAUUCCUCUCUACUUCCAGUAACUAUAAACACAACAGAAACUUCUUCUGCUCCAAUAACUUGGUCAUCUGUUUCAUUACUUACUACAACUGCAUCAGUAAUUUCAACAUCGGAGUUUAUCACUUCAACAUCGACUUCAACAGAGUCAUCGUCUUUAGUCUCAGUAACUAUUACCUCCACGUGUCCUCUGCAUCAACAACAUCAACAGAACCCUCAAUAACAACACAAACAGCAGCCACAUCAACUUCAGUUUUAACAUUAACUAAAACGACAACAUUAGUUUCAUUAUCAACAACUGACACUUUAACUUCAGCGACCACAUUGUCCUCUGGAGCGUCAACAUUGCCCUCUGUAGCGUCCACAUUGUCCUCUGGAGCGACCACAUUGUCCUCUGAAGCGUCAACAUUGUCCUCUGUAGUGACAACAUUGUCCUCUGAAGCGUCAACAUUGUCCUCUGGAGCGACCACAUUGUCCUCUGGGGCAUCCACAUUGUCUUCUGGAGCGUCCGCAUUGUCCUCUGGAGCGACCAUAUUGUCCUCUGAAGUAUCCACAUUGUCCUCUGAAGCAUCCACAUUGUCCUCUGAAGCGACCACAUUGUCCUCUGAAGCGUCAACAUUGGCUUCUGAAGCAUCCACAUUGUCCUCUGAAGCGUCAACUUUGUCCUCUGAAGCGUCCACAUUGUCCUCUGGAACGAGCACAUUGUCCUCUGAAGCGUCAACAUUGUCCUCUGGAGCACCCACAUUGUCCUCUGGAACGUCCACAUUGUCCUCUGAAGAAUCCACAUUGUCCUCUGAAGCGUCCACAUUGUCCUCUGGAGCGUCCACAUUGUCCUCUGAAGCGUCCACUUUGUCCUCUAGAGCAUCCACGUUGUCCUCUGAAGCGUCCACAUUGUCCUCUGAAGCGCCUAAAUUGUCCUCUGAAGCGCCUACAUUGUCCUCUGGAGUGUCCACAUUGUCCUCUGAAGCAUCCACAUUGUCCUCUGGAGCGUCCACAUUGUCAUCUGAAGCAUCCACAUUGUCCUCUGGAGCGUCAACGUUGUCCUCUGAAGCGUCCACAUUGUCAUCUGAAGCAUCCACAUUGUCCUCUGAAGCGUCCACAUUGUCCUCUGGAGCGACCACAUUGUCCUCUGGAGCGUCAACAUUGUCCUCUGAAGCGUCCACAUUGUCCUCUGGAGCAACCACGUUGUUAUCUGAAGCGUCAACAUUGUCCUCUGGGGCAUCCACUUUGUCCUCUGAAGCAUCCACAUUGUCCUCUGAAGCGUCAACAUUUUCCUCUGAAGCGUCCACAUUGUCCUCAGAAGCAUCCACAUUGUCCUCUGGAGCGUCAACAUUGUCCUCUGAAGCGUCCACAUUGUCCUCUGAUGCGUCAACAUUAUCGUCUGAAGCAUCCACAUUGUUCUCUGGAGCAACCACAUUGUCCUCUGAAGCGUCAACAUUGUCCUCUGAAGCAUCCACAUUGUCCUCUGACGCGUCAACAUUGUCCUCUGAAGCGUCCACAUUGUCCUCUGAAGCGCCUACAUUGUCCUCUGAAGCGCCCACAUUGUCCUCUGGAGUGUCCACAUUUUCCUCUGAAGCGCCUACAUUGUCCUCUGGAGCGUCCACAUUGUCAUCUGAAGCAUCCACAUUGUCCUCUAGAGCGUCAACGUUGUCCUCUGAAGCGUCCACAUUGUCCUCUGAAGCAUCCACAUUGUUCUCUGAAGCUUCCACAUUGUCCUCUGGAGCUACCACAUUGUUUUCUGGAGCGUCAACAUUGUCCUCUGAAGCGUCCACAUUGUCCUCUGGAGCGACCACAUUGUUCUCUGAAGCGUCAACAUUGUCCUCUGGAGCGUCGACAUUGUCCUCUGAAGCGUCCACAUUGUCCUCUGGAGCGUCCACAUUGUCCUCUAGAGCGACCACAUUGCCCUCUGAAGUAUCCACAUUGUACUCUGGAGCGUCAACAUUGUCCUCUGAAGCGUCCACAUUGUCCUCUGAUGCGUCAACAUUGUCCUCUGAAGCGUCCACAUUAUCAUCUGAAGCAUCAACAUUGUUCUCUGGAGCGACCACAUUGUCCUCUGAAGCGUCAACAUUGUCCUCUGAAGCAUCCACAUUGUCCUCUGAAGCGUCAACAUUGUCCUCUGAAGCGUCCACAUUGUCCUCUGAAGCACCCACAUUGUCCUCUGAAGCGUCUGUUUUGUCCUCAGAAGCGUCAACAUUAUCCUCUGAAGCGUCCAAAUUGUCCUCUGAAGCAUCCACAUUGUCCUAUGAAGCGUCGACAUUGUCCUCUGGAGCGACCACAAUGUCCUCUGAAGCGUCAACAUUGUCCUCUGGAGCGUCCACAUUGUCCUCUGAAGCAUCCACAUUGUCCUCUGAAGCGUCCACAUUGUCCUCUGGAGCGACCACAUUGUCCUCUGAAGCGUCAACAUUGUCCUCUGGAGCUACCACAUUGUUUUCUGGAGCGUCAACGUUGUCCUCUGAAGCAUCCACAUUGUCCUCUGAAGCGUCAACAUUGUCCUCUGAAGCGUCCACAUUGUCCUCUGGAGCGACCACAAUGUCCUCUGAAGCGUCAACAUUGUCCUCUGGAGCUACCACAUUGUUUUCUGGAGCGUCAACAUUGUCCUCUGAAGCAUCCACAUUGUCCUCUGAAGCGUCAACAUUGUCCUCUGAAGCGUCCACAUUGUCCUCUGAAGCAUCCACAUUGUCCUCUGAAGCGUCCACAUUGUCCUCUGGAGCGACCACAAUGUCCUCUGAAGCGUCAACAUUGUCCUCUGGAGCGUACACAUUGUCCUCUGAAGCAUCCACAUUGUCCUCUGAAGCGUCCACAUUUAUUGACUCUGACCAAAAUUAA